AUGUCCAAACACGUCGAUUUCUCCCGUUGGCAUAUAGACUUAGACGCCCAUAUCAACCCUUACAUUCCGGCGCCCCCGUGGCGAUGGCUCCCUCGGCCCAUCUCCCAUUUCCUCGGAUACAGAGGUGACAAGCCUCCCAAGAGUCUGGGGAACCUGGUCCUUGCAUUCUGGUCCCUCAUCGGCGUCUUCUGUGGCGUGCUUGUCGUGGCCGAGGUGUCGGAACACGUCCCCUCUUUUCAACAUCACAAUGUGCCGGUCAUCGUAGCUAGCUUUGGCGCCGCCGCAGUCCUCGAAUUCUCCGUCAUAGAGUCACCCUUCGCACAACCCCGAAACGCCGUCCUCAGCCAGGUCUUCGCCAGCGUCAUCGGCAUCGGCAUCGGAAAGCUCUUCGCCCUGAACCCCAACGCCCACUCCAAACCCCAGCUCGGAGGCGCCCUUUCCUGCGCCAUCACCACCGCCCUCAUGGUCCUCACGAAUACGGUACAUCCGCCCGCCGGCGCAACCGCCCUCCUGGCUGUCACCGAAGGGUAUCCUAUCGGCUGGUGGCUCAUCCCGAUCAUGGUCCUGGGCUGUGUCAUGAUGCAGGCUGUCGCACUGGUCGUGAAUAACAUCCAGCGACGGUUCCCCGUGUAUUGGUGGACCGCCGUGCCUCUUGGUAGACCGAGACACAGAGAUCCGGAGGUUGGGGGCUCGGAUGGGCACGAGAAGGAGACGGAGAAGAAGGAGGGCCACGGACCGGAGAGUUCGUCGAAUAGUGCCCUGACUGAUACCGAGUCCCAGAUGCAGAUCGUCAUCCAGGAAGGUAAGGUCCUGGUGUCCGAUAAUAUGUGGGUUACGGCGGAGGAGAUGGAGGUGUUGGAACGCAUCAGUAGACGGAUACAGUAA